AUGCAAGCGUCUUUCCUCACGUUGUUUUGCUGCGGAGUCAUCAUUCCGUGGUUAUCUUCUGGACUGGUAUCCGCACAACCGGAAGAUCUGGCGCUGACAUUUGACGUGCUCUAUCAGUACGGUAAGGAUGCUUAUACCGGAGGUAGAUGGCGCGAGUGUGUGUCGUUCUUCUUACGGGCACUAGAAAAAUACAAGUACUACCGAAGCGAACUACUGCACUGCGAGAAAAAAUGUAGACACGUUAUAACCAGCGAUGCGAUGACCAAUCGUAGCGAGCCAUUCCAUGACUGGCACUUCUUUCUGGGUGUCGCUCAGAAAUCAUUGUGUUUGCUGCACUGCCGAAACGAACGCUUUUCAUUCCAGCAGCAAGCGUGGACGAGAAAUCAGGUAGAAGUGGAGUUCGAAAGCUACCUACCUUAUAGCUAUAUGCAAUUCUGCUAUUGGCAACUUGGAGACCUCGAACAUGCCGUUUCUGCUGCAUACACCUACCUGCGUCGAAAUCCUGAUAGCAAGAUGAUGGUAGACAAUAUGCAGUUCUACUCGCUGCAAGAAAAGUUCUCUUCAACUUUGCUGAAAGACCUGGAGAAACACGACUAUGAACAGUACUAUUCUGAUGGGGUGACCAGCUAUGAAAAUGAGGACUUCAUCAGCGCUGUUGAACUCUUUGAGCAAGGAGUAGAAUCAUUCCUACGCAGCGCGCAAGACUGUAUGCGACUCUGCGAUAGGUGUCACUAUGCGUCGCACAGUAACUAUAACAGUUUGCGUAUUGCAGAAUGCUUCCUCGAAGUAUUGCGCUGUCAGAGUAACUGCACGUACCGCCUAAGCCACUACGAAGGAAAGCAUGAUCCCGCUCUUUUCCCGUCCAUGUUCAACUAUCUGCAGAUAUCCUACUGGAGAAGUGGUAACCUUCGGAUGGCUUGUGAAGCCGUCGGUACUUAUUUGCUGUUCUUCCCGGACGACGAAGAUAUGCUCUCCAACCGCGACUUAUACUACCAAAAACUGCGUGCCGAUAAAUCGUGUGAAUUUCAGUCGCUAGGUCAAAGUGUGUUGAUGGUGAGGUUCGUAGCGAAUGAAUAUUGGACGUUCCGGUGUCACUUAACCACUGCCUCAGCAGCUGCCGGAUGUUCCGUUGGUCGCCUUAACCUGGAUGUUGAGGCCUUUUAUGAAAUUUAUUCGAAGAUAGAUUCAUCGCUUGAGUCGCUGCGAGAGAAAUUCUUCAGUGAAAUAGAAGAAGAUUCGAGUUUAUUCGAAACGAAUCCAGAAUUUCAGAAACCUGGUGUUGCCGGCGGUGCUUCCCCAAAAUUGUCUGACAAGUCUUCGAGCAAACUUUCUGAUGAAACUGGCAAAAAAAACUAUGGUCAAACAUCAUCAUUCGAAGAUCUGGUGAGGCAGCAUGGGUUGAACGUGACGGUGCUUAAUGACGAUUCCAACGAAGUGUUUGGAGUGAAGAACUUCCUUUCAUCCAUAGAAUGUGAGAAGAUCUUAAGCGUAAAAGAAUUGGGUGAGGACCAAAAAAAUUUGAAGGAAAAUUUUGGUGAUUCCACAAUGGAAAAUUUCCGUUUUCUGAAUAUCACUGCAGCAGCCCAGAUGGCCCUUCACGGCGAACUCCCUCGAGAUCCAGUGGACAUCAUUUUAAAGAAAAGAAAGUUUUUACAAUUUCUUGUGGAAAGUUAUUAUCAAAUUACCAACUUAAAAGUGGAGUCCACGAUGAUGGUUUGCAGAACUUCGAAACCGGAAACGGACUAUUCGCAGUACAAUGGUAAGUUGCUGUUCAGCGACGCCAACUGCGUUUUCGAAGUCAAUACUGGAACUUGCAGUAAAAGUUCGGCCGCGUCAUUUCGACGACAUUAUAAUGCUUUCAUUUUUUUGAAUGACCAUGUCAGUGGUGGCCAGUUGGCUUUGACAGACACUGACGAUCAUCCAUCGGAAGAAAUUGCGUCAGCAUGCGGGAAGCUGGUCGUUCUACCAGGGCAGUCGCUGUAUGCUUGGAGACCACUGAAUGCUGAUUCACAGUGUAUUCUGGCUUUCUUUUUCACGAAAGACCCUGCGUUUGAAGAGAAGACGUUUGGCAAAGUCAGCGUAGAGUGGGAAACGAGCUUCGCGAAAGGUCAUGUUGAACACGUCGAUUUGUAG